AUGACGUUAACUACUAGUCAGCGAGAGUGUAUCUCUAUCCACGUUGGUCAAGCGGGAGUUCAGAUCGGUAACGCGUGCUGGGAGCUCUACUGCCUCGAGCACGGCAUCCAGGCGGACGGACAAAGCGACCAAAUCACCGCCGGCGGAGAUCAGUCCUUCAUUACGUUCUUCAGCGAAACCGGCGGCGGGAAACACGUGCCCAGGGUUGUGUUCGUCGACCUGGAACCCACGGUUGUGGUAACCCAGCCUGCUGCCACUGCAUUCUUUAUUUCCCUGGCGAUUUUAUGCUUGGACAACGAGGCCAUCUAUGAUAUCUGCCGUCGUAACCUGGACAUAAAACGGCCCACAUACACCAACCUCAACCGUCUCAUCGCCCAGAUCGUGUCAUCAAUUACAUCCUCCCUGCGCUUCGAUGGAGCUCUCAAUGUAGACCUGACAGAGUUCCAGACCAACCUUGUGCCUUUCCCUCGCAUCCACUUUCCUCUGGUCACUUACGCCCCAGUCAUCUCUGCGAUGGUCAAGUGCGACCCUCGCAUGCUGUACCGUGGAGAUGUGGUUCCAAAGGAUGUCAAUGCCGCCAUAGGACGCAUUAAGACCAAGAGGUCCAUUCAGUUUGUUGACUGGUGUCCCACAGGGUUCAAGGUUGGGAUCAACUAUCAGCCACCAACUGUGGUUCCUGGAGGAGAUCUGGCCAAAGUUCAAAGGGCACUCUGCAUGUUGAGUAAUACGACAGCCAUCGCCGAGGCCUGGGCCCGUUUGGAUCACAAGUUCGAUCUGAUGUGCAAAAAGGCGUUUGUACACUGGUAUGUUGGAGAAGGUAUGUCGGAGGGCGAAUUUACCGAGGCACGUGAAGACCUGGCCGCUCUCGAGAAAGAUUACGAAGAGGUGGGAGUCGAAGAGGGAGAAGAAUAA